UCUAUCGACCAUCUAUCCAACAAAUAUUUUUUUAUUCAACGUGAUAUUGAACCUAAAAAAUACAAUUUAAGUGGAACAAAUUUAAAGGCACAACGCAUGAGAGUGCAUUUAACAGGCUGCAAAACAUUCCGGGCCAAUAAACAAGCGAACUUUAUUAAAAUACGGCCCAUUGCAGUAACAGUAGAAGUAGAAAUAACAACAACCUUUGCAUCCGAUUGAUUGUGAUUGUGACUGGUGUCUGGUAUAACCACAAAAAUUUUCUCUGCAUUUCGAGCCCCAAUUUCGCUGGGAGAACGAGCACUUCGAAAAACCGAAGAGCGGCGGGACGGUACAACAAAGUCACAAUCAGUGCUUGGUGGCUUCGUCAUCGUCGUUUUAUUUGUUCGAAUGUUAAUUUUUGUAAUUACAUCGAAUUUUAACACUGAACAUCAAAGUUGAAGUAAUACCAACUAUAAUAUAACAUUGCGACAAUUGUAUGCGAGAUUAAGCUCCAAGUAAAAUAAACUUGGCUGAAUAAGCAUUAGCUGCUGUUGAUAUUGCAACAACAACAAGAAUUGUACAAAAGUGUGUGGGUGACGGAACUGCAUUAAAAUGUCUGCGGAACGCGAAAUACCCGCUGAGGACAGUAUCAAAGUCGUCUGUCGUUUUCGGCCGCUCAAUGACAGCGAAGAAAGGGCCGGCUCAAAGUUUGUUGUCAAGUUUCCAAAUAAUGCGGAGGAGAAUUGCAUAUCCAUAGCGGGCAAGGUAUAUCUGUUCGACAAAGUCUUUAAGCCGAAUGCGUCGCAGGAGAAGGUGUACAAUGAGGCGGCCAAAUCGAUUGUCACGGACGUGCUGGCUGGCUACAAUGGAACGAUAUUCGCCUAUGGUCAGACAUCCUCCGGCAAGACGCAUACAAUGGAGGGCGUCAUUGGCGAUUCGGUGAAACAGGGUAUAAUUCCGCGCAUUGUGAACGACAUUUUCAAUCACAUUUACGCGAUGGAAGAGAAUCUAGAGUUUCACAUUAAGGUUUCGUACUAUGAAAUCUAUAUGGACAAGAUCAGAGAUUUGCUCGAUGUAUCCAAGGUGAAUUUGAGCGUGCACGAGGACAAGAAUCGUGUACCCUUUGUCAAGGGUGCCACGGAGCGUUUUGUCUCCUCGCCCGAGGACGUCUUUGAGGUGAUCGAAGAGGGCAAAUCCAAUCGUCACAUUGCCGUGACAAACAUGAAUGAACAUUCAUCGCGUUCCCACUCGGUGUUCCUUAUUAAUGUAAAGCAGGAGAAUCUGGAGAAUCAAAAAAAGCUUUCCGGCAAGCUGUAUCUGGUGGAUUUGGCUGGUUCCGAAAAGGUAUCGAAAACAGGUGCCGAGGGCACAGUCCUGGAUGAGGCAAAGAACAUUAACAAGUCGCUAUCGGCGCUGGGCAAUGUCAUUUCGGCGCUGGCGGAUGGCAACAAAACGCACAUACCGUAUCGUGACUCAAAGCUGACGCGUAUCCUGCAAGAGUCACUCGGCGGCAACGCACGCACAACGAUUGUCAUCUGCUGCUCACCGGCCAGCUUUAACGAGUCGGAGACGAAAUCUACGCUGGACUUUGGUCGGCGCGCCAAGACAGUGAAGAAUGUUGUGUGUGUCAACGAGGAGCUUACCGCCGAGGAGUGGAAGCGUCGCUACGAAAAGGAGAAGGAGAAGAAUGCACGGCUCAAGGGCAAGGUGGAGAAGCUGGAGUUAGAGCUGGCGCGUUGGCGUGCCGGUGAAACGGUCAAAGCGGAGGAGCAAAUCAACAUGGAGGAUCUCAUGGAGGCCAGCACGCCAAAUCUCGAAGUGGAGGCGGCUGCGCAAGCUGCUGGUGCCGCAGCAGCGGCGGCAGCUCAACGCACUGCCAUUGCCAACAUGUCCGCCUCGGUGGCAGCUGAUGAGCGAGCGCGAUUGGCCACGGAAUGCGAGCGCCUCUAUCAGCAGCUGGAUGAUAAGGAUGAGGAAAUCAAUCAGCAGAGCCAGUUUGCGGAGCAGCUGAAGGAGCAGGUCAUGGAGCAGGAGGAACUUAUUGCGAAUGCGCGACGUGAAUACGAGGCGCUGCAAUCAGAAAUGGCGCGCAUACAGCAGGAGAACGAAUCGGCCAAGGAGGAGGUCAAGGAGGUGCUGCAGGCUCUCGAGGAGCUGGCCGUUAACUACGACCAGAAGUCGCAGGAGAUCGACAACAAGAACAAGGACAUCGAUGCCCUCAACGAAGAACUGCAGCAGAACAAAACUCAAUUCAAUUCCACCUCGACGGAGCUGCAGCAGCUGAAGGACAUGUCAACGCACCAAAAGAAACGAAUCACUGAAAUGCUGACUAAUCUGCUGCGCGAUCUAGGCGAGGUUGGCCAGGCCAUAGCGCCCGGCGAUUCCGCAAUCGAUCUCAAGAUGAGUGCCCUGGCGGGCACCGACGCCGCCAAAGUGGAGGAGGACUUUACAAUGGCACGUCUGUAUAUCAGCAAAAUGAAGACGGAGGCAAAGAACAUUGCGCAGCGUUGCGCCAACAUGGAGACACAGCAGGUGGACUCCAACAAAAAGAUAUCCGAGUACGAAAAGGAUCUGGGCGAGUAUCGUUUGCUCAUCUCGCAGCACGAGGCGCGCAUGAAGUCGCUGCAGGAGUCGAUGCGCGAGGCCGAGAACAAGAAGCGUAAUUUGGAGGAGCAGAUCGAUUCGCUGCGCGAAGAGUGCGCCAAACUGAAGGCAGCCGAGCAUGUGUCCGCGGUGAAUGCCGAGGAGAAGCAGCGUGCCGAGGAGUUGCGUUCCAUGUUCGACUCCCAGAUGGAUGAGCUGCGCGAGGCGCACACUAAACAGGUGUCGGAGCUACGCGACGAGAUUACCGCCAAGCAGCACGAAAUGAAUGAGAUGAAGGAUGUGCAUCAGAAGCUGUUGCUGGCGCAUCAACAGAUGACCGUCGACUACGAGAAGCUUAAGCAGGACGAGGCAGACAAAUCAAACAAAUUGCAGGACAUUAUACUAACCAACGAGCGUCGCGAACAGGCGCGAAAGGACCUCAAGGGUCUGGAGGACACAGUCGCCAAGGAGCUGCAAACGUUGCACAAUCUGCGCAAACUCUUCGUACAGGAUCUGCAGCAACGCAUUCGCAAGAAUGUGGUGAACGAGGAGAGCGAAGAAGAUGGCGGCUCGCUGGCGCAGAAGCAGAAGAUCUCCUUCCUGGAGAACAAUCUGGAUCAGCUGACCAAGGUGCACAAGCAGUUGGUGCGCGACAACGCCGACCUGCGAUGUGAGCUACCAAAGCUGGAGAAGCGUUUGCGCACAACAAUGGAGCGCGUCAAGGCGCUGGAAACGGCGCUCAAAGAGGCCAAGGAGGGCGCGAUGCGAGAUCGCAAGCGUUAUCAGUACGAGGUGGAUCGCAUCAAGGAGGCGGUGCGACAAAAGCAUCUGGGCCGACGAGGACCCCAGGCACAAAUUGCCAAGCCCAUACGGGCUGGCCAGGGUGCUAUUGCAAUUCGCGGCGGCGGCGGCAGUGGCGGUGCCGCCGGCGGUGCUACAAUGGCUCAGGUCAGCGCUGUUAACUCCUAAAUCGCCGCCCAGUUCAGUACAGUUUCAGUUUAGCUCCGCUUUAACCUAUUUAACCAUAAAAUAAUUGCCUUCGCUUAAAGAAUGUCGUUUUGCGAUCAUGUGCAGCGCUUUAUAUAUAAAUAUAAAUAAUUAAAUAAAUGAGAGGAAAGUAAAAAAGAGGAAAUUAUUAACUAAAUUUUACAACAACAAGAAACCCCACAGAUAUUUAAGGACACAUAAAUAAGUUUAAGCAUAUUUAUAAACUUUUCAAAUAUAAACUUAAAUAAAAGUCGCAGACAAUUUAUGUUA